UGACUCUUUGGCCCCGCCCCUACGGACGCAUGCUUGGAAGACAUGCGCUUUGCGGCAAAGUCCUCCUUUUCUCCACACACGCUUCUAAGCCUCGGCACAUCUCCUCACAUUGCUACUAACUACACUUUAUUCAUCCUCCGUGUCAGGAUAAACUCCACUCGUCUCAGCCAAAUUUGGAGAUUAUUAGGCCUGCUUAGCUUGAUAGUUGUUUGAGCGCGCCAAUUAGCUUAGCAUGCUAGUUAGCUUAGCUUGUUAGCCGCUAACAAAGAGACGCGGAUUUGAUCAACACAUCGCUUAGUUAAGAUCAAGUGUGAGUGUAAAGUGUUGUGAUUGUGUGAAAAUGUGCGAAAGAACGAUAGCAAAGUAUGAGGAAGAACUUUGUUGUGUGAAAAUGUGUGAAAGAACGAUAGCAGAGUACAAAGAGGAACUUUCUCGGACAAAAGAAGAGAACGAGAGACUACGUCAACUAUUGGAGGCUGUUUUCAAGAAACCUCAAGUUGUGUUACACAGAACAGACCUCAAUAAAGAACAUCUUCCUCAUGAGCAGGAAGAAGAGCCACAGCCCCACCACAUUAAAGAGGAAAAAGAGGUACCACAUUCCCAACACAUUAAAGAGGGAGGAGAGGAGCCACAGCCCCCCCACAAUAAAGCGAAACAUGAGAUGCCACGGACCCAUAAUGUUAAACUGACCCUUCACAAUAAAAGGCAAGCGGAGGACCCACUGAUCUUACACAUCAAAAAGGAAGAGGAGGAUCCACUGACCCCUCACUUUAAGGAGCAAGAGAACCUGCUGACCCCUCACAUUAAAAAGGACGAGGAGGACCCACUGACCUCCUGCUUUAAAGAGGAAGAGGAGGACCAAGAGCCGCCGCACAUUAAAGAGGAAGAGGAGGAAGAGGGCAUCAGUCAGCCUAAAUGGUUGGAGGAGUUCCCAGUGACUGGUGUCCCUGUGAAGAGUGAAGAUGAUGAGGUGAAAGGUGAAAGUGAGGAGAGGGGAGGGGGGGAGCCUCCAAGCAGCAGCUCAACACAACACAUGACAACAGAAGCUGAUGGAGACCACUGUGGAGGAUCACAAGCAGACAAGCUCUUAGCUCCACUAUCAGAUAGUGAGGACACAACGUCACACUCUCCUGACACUGAUGAUGAAGACUCUAAAGAUGAUAAGACAUGUCACACUGACAACACACACUUCGCAUGUUCUCACUGUCACAAAACCUUUAAAUACCAUUGUGAUCUGAAAAGACACAUGAGAACACACACUGGAGAAAAAACUUUUAUUUGUUCAACCUGUGGUAAAGGUUUUACACAAAGUCAACAUUUGAAAAGACACAUGAGAACACACACUGGUGAAAACCCUUUUUCCCGUUCAACAUGUGGUAAAAGUUUUACACGAAGUCAGAGUUUUAAAGAACACAUGAGUACACACACUGGUGAAAAACCUUUUUCCUGUUCAACCUGUGGUAAAGGUUUUGCACACAGUAACAAAUUGAAAAGACACAUGAGUACACACACUGGUGAAAACCCUUUUUCCUGUUCAACCUGUGGUAAAGAUUUUACACAAAGUCAGAGUUUGAAAAGACACAUGAGAAUACACACUGGUGAAAAACCUUUUUCCUGUUCAACCUGUGGUAAAGGUUUUGCACACAGUAACCAAUUGAAAAGACACAUGAGAACACACACUGGUGAAAACCCUUUUUCCUGUUCAACCUGUGGUAAAGGUUUUACAGAAAGUCAGAGUUUGAAAGUACACAUGAGAACACACACUGGUGAAAAACCUUUUUCCUGUUCAACCUGUGGUAAAGGUUUUAGACACAGUCAGAGUUUGAAAGUACACAUGAGAACACACACUGGUGAAAAACCUUUCUCCUGUUCAAUCUGUGGUAAAUGCUUUGCACAAAGUCAACAUUUGAAAAGACACAACAGAUCACAUAGUGGUGAAAAAUCACAUUCCUGUUCAAUCUGCAACAGAAGCUUUAGUGAGCGAUCGACCCUUGUAGCACACAUGAGAAAACACCCAGGAGAGAAAGUGUUGAGUUGCAGUGUGUGUGGUGAAAGAUUGUCUUCUAAGUACCAGUGUAAGAAACACAAGUGUGCUGGUGAGAACAGCAGCAGCAAAUGAAACUGCAGGAUUUGAAAUAAACUGUCCAGACUUUCAGUUUGACUUUCUAACAACAUCAGCACAUAUAACAUGUGUGACAUUGUUGUUUGUCUAACAAUCUGGUUAAUAUGCUUCUGCAUUUAUAGAUUUGAUAAUAUGAAAUAUUGAAGUGUGACAUAUUUGUAUUUGUAAUUGUUAAUAACCCCAUAGAUUAGCACCUUUAUAUGAUAUACAUAUGUACUGGUUCACAUCUGAAACAACUUCUGGACCACUUCAGGAAGCAUAUUAUUAUUUACUUUAUACAUCAUUUAAACAGUUGUCUUUUAUACAAUUUUAAAAUGUGUGACUUUAUGAAUCAUUUGUUGGGUCUCUAUAAUCCAUGUUAUUAAUAAUCUUUAUUACUCUCUUUUGUAAUAAGAUGAUUGUGUUGUGAUUAUUUUAUAUGUAUGUCCCCAGACCUUUAUGCUAUAUAAAACGGAGAGAAAAUGGCUGAAUUGUCUGAGGAAAGAUUUUUUUUUUUUUCUACAAACUGACUCUCGUGGAGAAAACAAAAAUUCCCAUUAUUGGGUUUCGAACAUUUUUAAUAUAUGUAUUCUUUUUAAACAUCCCCAAAACUGUAUCAGUAUCAAUCAAAGUUCAGAGUGUCAGUAAAAAGCCAAUAUUGUACAUCAUCCCACAGAUAUUUACUUUGCAUUCUGUUGGAGCCAAAUUUCUUUAUUUGUUUAUUUAGUUUUUAUUUAGUUUUCUGUAAUUGAUUGCUGGCCUCAGUUGAUGCUGAAUUUACUUUUCGGCAGAUUGCUCCGCCCACUUCCUCUUGAGAACCAGGAGAUGUUGACAGGGAUGGGACCGUUGCUAUGGUGCGGUUGCUAUGGUAACGUCAUUUAAUUGGGUUCAGGUGGGAACACUGGAGGGGCGACUGCAUGGAGGACACAAACUGUUUACAAGCUUGCUGUGUGUGGUCAGGUCUCACUGCUGUGACAAUGUUGCAUCCAAGUCAAGGUCAGCAUACUUUAUGUUCUACAGCCUACAUGUCAUUUCAGUUUGAUAGCCAAAAAUAAACAGAUUGUCAUAUCCAAACAUA